AUGAGCGGGCAGGACGACAGUGGACGCUCCCAGGAGCAGCAGCAGCAGCAGCAACCGCGCGGGGAGUCACGCAAUCCCCGCGCGGUUUCGAGCUGCUGCGCAGAUGGGGCCAUUGCAUCAGAACCGCGAGAAACAAGAGCUUUAUAUAACGAGCAUAAUAAUGUCGAAGCCGGCAUCUUGGAAACUCCUGCCGACGAAUCUUCGGCAUUGCUGGGAAACACCGACGGCCGAUAUGAGUCUGAGGGUGGUGGUGGUGGAGGCGAGCAGAAAAAGGGCCGUGACUGGGAUGACCUCCCCGCUCAAGGAGACCCCAGUUGGGCAAGAGAGAUCAAGAUGGUGCUAAAGAGCUCUCCGCCUCUUGUGCUAACAUUCUUUUUACAAUUUUCCAUUAAUGCGACGAGCGUAUUUGCCGUCGGCAGACUGGGCAAGCAGCAGCUCGGCGCUGUAGCACUGGCGAAUAUGACUGCGGCCAUGACCUGCCUUGCGCCAUUCAUAGGCCUGGCAACCAGCCUCGAUACAUUGUGCGCGCAGGCGUACGGCGACGGUCGCAAGCACCUGGUCGGCCUGCAGUGCCAGCGCUGCUUUUGGUUUCUAUGCUGCGCCGCCGUACCCGUGGCGAUUCUGUGGCUCUUCUCCGAGCCGAUACUCGUGCAUCUCGUCGACGCAGAAACCGCACGCCUCGCCGGCAUCUAUCUCAAAGUCAUGAUUUUCAGCAUCCCGGCGUACAUUGUCUUUGAAACCGGCAAGAGAAUCUUGCAGGCGCAGGGCUUUUUCCGUGAAAUCUCCUACAUUAUCAUGUUUGUUGCGCCGGUAAACAUUGUCAUCAACUGGUUUCUGGUGUGGAAGCUGGAGCUUGGCUUCAUUGGUGCUCCGAUUGGUGUAGUCAUUUCUAGAAACUUGCUCGCCGCGCUUCUCGUACUCUACAUCAAAUUCGUCAACGGUUCGCAGUGCUGGGGCGGAUUCGACAAGAAGGCAUUUGUCAACUGGGGCAUCAUGGUUCGCCUUGCAUUGCCCGGAAUGGUCAUGGUGCUGGCUGAAUGGCUUGCGUUUGAGCUCAUCACACUCUUGUCAAGCCGGUUCGGUACCGAUUAUCUCGCCGCACAAAGCGCCAUCUUCACCAUUGUUGCGCUUCUGUACCAGAUUCCAUUUGCAGUGGCUGUUGCAUCCUCGACGCGAAUCGCCAGCCUGAUUGGUGGUGGUGUAGUGGACUCGGCAAAGCUAGCAUCGCAAGUGUUGGUCAUUGGUUCCUUUCUUAUUAGCGCACUGAAUAUUGUAUUGUGCAUCUCUCUUCGAUGGUACAUACCCUUGCUUCUCACCCGCGAUGAAGGAGUCAUUGCCAUUGUCGCAACAACCCUCCCUGUGGUAGCUGUCGCUGUCUUUUGGGACGGUAUAAGCGCAGGAGCGCACGGCAUCCUCCGCGGCAUUGGCAAGCAGUCUAUAGGGGGACCGGCGAAUAUCUUUGGUCACUAUGUGAUUGCAUUACCUACAUCAUUGACGCUCGCCUUCCAUUUCGACUGGAAGAUCAAGGGCAUGUGGACAGGCAUUACCGUCGGUCUUCUCGUCGUUUCUUCGAUUGAGUAUUUUUACAUUGUCAAGGUCAACUGGCAGAAAGCCGCUCUGGAGGCGCGUAGUCGCAACGCUUCAGGCUAG